AUGUCGCGGCCGAUCUCACCGCCGGCCACUCGCGCCGAGCACGAACCCGGAACCGAAACGCAGAUGGAAAAGAUGCGCGAGGGUGGAAGUCCACGCCGCUCGACGGAUGAGAGUAAUUCUGAUGAUGGAUUGGAACAGGGGAAUAAGGAAAAUGAAGAGGACGGGGCGUUUGCGCCGAUUGCGGGCCCCGCGACACAUGAGGAUCGCGGGACGCUACAGAAGAUGAGAUCUAAUGCGUCGCGGUCGUUGCAGCGGAGUUGGUCGUUGAAUGAUGGGGUUAGUAUUAGUGGGGAGGAGUUUGGGGAGGGGAAUGCCGAGGAUGGAGAAGAUAAUGGGUUCGUUGUUGUGUGGGAGGAGGGCGAUGUGUUGAAUCCGAGGAACAUGAAUAAGGGGAGGAAGUGGUUGAUCGUUAUUAUUGUUUCGAUGGGGUCUCUUUGUGUGACUUGUACGUCGUCGAUGUAUACUACGACGUAUACCCAGUUGAUGAAAGAGUUUGGGUGCUCGCAGGAGGUUGCGACGCUAGGAUUGUCCUUUUUUAUUUGGGGUCUAGGAGUGGGACCGCUUUUCCUGAGUCCAUUAUCUGAGUUCUAUGGUCGGAGAAACAUCUAUAUUGUCUCGCUCUCACUGUUCCUGAUUUGGAUCAUUCCCUGUGCGGUUGCACAGAACAUCCAGACUAUGAUCAUUUGUCGCUUCUUCAAUGGAUUGUCAGGAAGUGCUUUCCUCAGUGUUGCUGGUGGCACUGUGGGUGAUCUGUUUGAUCGACAUGAGCUUGCUUUCCCAAUGAUGCUCUAUACUGCAAGCCCAUUUAUUGGACCUGAAAUUGGACCUCUUGUCGGUGGAUUUAUUAACACAUUCACAACAUGGCGAUGGACAUUCUAUGUCCUUCUUAUCUGGACUGGUGUGCUGCUCGUCUCGAUCGUGCUUUUUGUCCCGGAGACAUACCAUCCGGUGCUCUUGAGGCGCAAGGCGCAAAAACUCCGCAAGGAGACCGGAGAUGACCGAUGGAUUGCCCCAAUCGAAAAGAUGCAUCGAACAAUAGCGCAGACCGUUCUACGAUCUAUGUAUCGCCCUAUUCUCCUUUUGGUCCUAGAGCCUAUGUGCCUGAAUCUGUGUAUCUUUUCCGCCAUCUUAUUGGGUAUCCUCUACCUCUUCUUCGGAGCAUUCCAAUUGGUCUUCGAAAGCGUAUACGGCUUUUCAUUAUGGCAACGAGGUCUCUGCUUCCUGGGUCUCUUUGUCGGCAUGGUUUUCGCAAUCAUUUCUGAUCCCCUUUGGCGGCGGAAUUAUGAGCGUCUGGAACGAAAUUACCAGAAAGCCACUAAUAAGCCGGACGAGUUUCAGCCCGAGUGGCGACUGCCUUCAGCGAUUCUGGGUGGGCCCCUGGUGACCAUUGGAUUGUUCAUCUUUGCUUGGACAAUUUAUCCCGACGUGCACUGGAUUGUUCCCAUCAUCGGUAGUGCUGUAUUUGGCGCAGGGACUAUCCUGGUCUACGCAGGCAUCUUCACCUUCCUAGUCGAUGCCUAUCCUACCUUCGCAGCCAGCGCCCUAGCAGCGAACAGCUUCACCCGGUCAACAUUUGGAGGCGUAUUUCCUCUGUUUGGGAUCCAAAUGUACAAUAACCUGGGUUACCAUUGGGCAACUUCGCUGUUGGCUUUCCUGACCUUGGCAAUGGCUCCUUUCCCGUACAUCUUUUUCAAGUACGGUCCUCGUAUUCGCAAGAAGAGUCGUUUUGCGACUCAGCAGAUGUGA